CGGCCUUCUUGUCUUCUGUCGACUCUCAGCUUCCACUUGUCUUUCAUCACACCUUCUCUAUUCGACUUUCUAGAAAGCUCAUCUCACGGAGUCGCCGCAUCACAGGAAGCCGAGGCUCACGAUAAUCUUUCCCGGCAGGAUUUCUGAGAAAGGGACUACUUAAGGUGGCUCUCUUCAAUUGUCGAAGAAGGCCAUAUAAUUUCUUGAGGAGCUGCGGUGUUUGCCAACGCUCACGCCCCUCCGCUUCCCUCGCUACACGAACAUCGUCAGACGCCACAGUCCACUUCAAAUACAAAUCACUUCCCAGAAUACAAGAUACUCGAAGAACGAUGGCAACCCUAGGAGCGCAGAAGAAGCACAAGGUGACCAUAGUGGGCUCCGGUAACUGGGGCACCACCAUGUCCAAACUCGUCGCCGAGAACGUCAAGGCCCACCCCGAUCUGUUCGAGGAAAUAGUCCAGAUGUGGGUGUACGAGGAGGAAGUCCCCAUCCCGCAGAGCUCGAAACACUACAAUCCAGAGACGGCCAAUAAGACACACAAGCUUUCUGAGCUAGUCAACACGAUCCACGAGAACAUUAAGUACCUCCCGAACAUCACGCUGCCGUCAAACGUCGUUGCAAAUCCGGAUGUGGUGGACUCGUGCAAGAACUCGACCAUUUUGAUCUUUGUGCUGCCGCAUCAGUUUAUCCCCAGGGUGUGUGAUCAGCUGGCGGACAAGAUCAUGCCGUGGGCACGAGCUAUCUGCUGCACAAAGGGUGUGGAUGUUGGUGAGAAGGGGAUUAGGCUUAUGUCUGAAGCCAUUGGUAUGCGUCUCAACAUCUACUGCGGUGCGCUGUCUGGCGCCAACAUUGCCACCGAGAUUGCACAGGAAAAGUACUCGGAAACGACUGUAGCAUACGAUCCGCCACCGAUGGAUUCCCGGGCACCAACCCCCAAAGGCUCGCCAGCAUCCUCUCAGGUCGACCUCAUCUCUCCAAGCAAAGCUAUCCCUAGCGCUCGAUCAGCACGGCUGAAGGCCCUACCCUCAGAGUAUCCCCCUCUAUCUCACGAAAAUGUUCGCAAGCUCUUCCACCGCCCCUACUUCCACGUUCGCAUUGUCUCCGACGUCGCGGGAGUCUCUCUCGGCGGCGCCCUUAAAAACAUCGUUGCCCUCGCCGCCGGCUUCGUCGAUGGUCUAGGCUGGGGCGACAACGCCAAAGCCGCCGUCAUGCGCGUCGGGAUCCUCGAAAUGGUCGCCUUCGGCAAAGCCUUCUUCGCUGACUCGGUCCACACCUCCACCUUCACCGAAGAGAGCUGCGGUGUCGCCGAUGUCGUGACGUCGUGCAUGGGCGGCCGUAAUUUUCGGUGCGCGAAGAUGGCGAUUGAGCGUGGGGAGAGUAUUUUUGAGAUUGAGAGGAAGGAGUUGAAUGGGCAGAAGUUGCAGGGGACGAGUACGGCGUAUGAGGUUAACAGCUUUUUGAAGACGCAGGGGAUGGAGAAGGAUUUCCCGCUUUUUACGGCGGUUUAUAAUAUCCUUGAAGGCAACGUCAAGCCCGAACAGAUCCCCGAUCUUAUCGAACCAAAACAGUAGGUGGGCAGCUCUCUACACUCGCUGCGUUCCAUUCGCUUUCCAGGCAUUUCCCGUAUUAGGUGGAACAUGUGGGAGGUUAUGGCGAUAGACUCGCAUGGGCUGCUCUUGGUACUGUGACGGUGGAGGAGGCGUCUGUCUGUUUGGUGGAGUGGCAUCAAUUGUCAGGUGUGAAGCAAAUACCCGAGACAUUCGGUAGGCUUGGUUCUAGAAUUGGGUUAGGGAUAUGAUAGACGAGGAAUCAG